AUGGCAGCCUCCGCCGCCUCACAGAGGCGGAUCAAGGGGAUCCUGAAGAAAGGUUCGUUGACUUCCUCGGGGACGGCUCGAUCCCAGGAGUCCGCAGGCGGAAUCCAGGCGAUGCGGGGAAGGAAGUCCCAGAAGUGGGAUGAAUCAAACAUCCGAGCGACGUAUCGCCAGGAAUAUGGAGACAGCGAUUUACUGCAGCUGAAUGAGUCCGGUGUGCAAGAUGAUGGGGAAGAUAAAGGGAGUGAGGCUGACUCGAAGGAACCCAUGACCGUGGACAAGCUGGCUAAGAAGUUUGCCACCACCAGCACCUCGGAUCAAGAAGACAGCGGAGUGCAGGCCUGUAAGAUCCUCCUGGACAGGCAAGAAAGACGGCGGCAGUUUGAGAGAAAGAGGAAGCUUCACUACAGCCAAGGCCCGGAUAUUAAAAUCGCGAAGCAGCUAGUUUUGGAAGAACUACAAGAUGAGGAGGCGGGUGAAAGUGAGGAAGGCCUCUGUGCUAUGGCUGCCGGGAAGAACCCAACUGAAGCUCCGGCAGGCGAUGAGCUGUAA